AGCGGCGGGGGCUUCAAGUCAGCCAUGAGCCCAUACGAGACAGCGUCGUCCCUCCCUUGGCACACCCGCCCUAACACCAAUAAACUAGCAAAAGCCCUAAACUCUUCUAGGGCUUAUAGCAGUGUUGUUUUGUCCCAUGGCGCCGCUGUCGGGACAUGGCGCGCGCGUCCUCAGCAUCCAAUCCCACACCGUGCAUGGAUACGUUGGAAAUAAAUCGGCGGUCUUUCCCUUGCAGCUCCUGGGAUUCGAUGUUGAUCCGAUCAACUCCGUACAGUUCUCCAAUCACACGGGAUAUCCAGUGUGGCGCGGCCAAGUUUUGGACGGGGACCAGCUCUGGGCUCUCAUCGAAGGACUAGAAGCGAAUAACUUGCUCUUUUACACGCAUCUCUUGACCGGCUACAUCGGAUCGGCUUCGUUCCUGAGAACCGUUCACAGGGUCAUCGAGAAGCUGAGGUCCGUGAAUCCCAAUCUCGUUUACGUUUGUGAUCCUGUCAUGGGUGAUGAAGGGAGGCUGUACGUCGCUCCUGAGCUAGUCCCGCUGUUUAGAGAUCUGAUCGUUCCUGUAGCAACUAUGCUGACACCGAACCAAUUCGAAGCAGAGCGGCUGACUGGCCGCAGCAUACGUACGACACAUGAUGCGAGGCAAGCCUGCAGAGAUCUCCAUGGCGCCGGGCCGUCAAAGGUGGUGAUCACCAGCAUGGACGCGGACGAGAAGCUAUUGCUUGUUGGAAGUCAUAAGAAGGGCGAGUCGUUCAGACAGUUUCAGAUCUCCAUACCGAAACUUCCCAUGUACUUUACGGGGACGGGGGACCUGAUGACCUCAUUGCUUCUCGGCUGGAGCCAUAGAUAUCCGGAUAGUCUUGAAACUGCAGCAGAGUUGGCUGUCUCGAGCCUCCAGGCCGUUCUGCACAAAACUCUGUCUGUUUACAAGGAGGAAGGCGUGCAAGUGAAGGCAAAGCAGCCGGAGCUGCAGCUAGUCCAGAGCCAAGAGGAAAUCAAGUCACCUACAACCAGAUUUGUUGCGGAAAUUCUAGCAUGACCGGAACACGCAACAGCAAGCGCAUUAUAGCAAAUAACAAGUUUACAAGCGAGCUUUGAUC